UGAAAUGCUGGAUGGACCAAACUGUGACUAUUUGUACGUUAAAUUGAAUACGAAACACUUCAAAUUGCUCGUUCCUACAGAAAAGCCGACCGAACCUCCAAUGGUCUAUAGUAGUAGACGUGAAACAAGAAUGAUAGUAGACAUGAAAAAGACAAGGAAGCCGAAAAGGAGAACGACAACGGAACCAGAAGAAGAAGAAGAGCCUUCCCCAGCUUCAAGUUCGAAUGUGGUCGUUGUCGUCAUCAUCACUGUCGUCGUCUUUUUGAUUGUUCUCAGCAUCAUUGGCUGUCUUCUCUGGUUCCUAGUGUUCCACAAAAAAGAAGAAAAGAAGGAAGAGGAACAACAACCAGUAGAAGUUGACUAUUUUGGAACGACGGUGGGAACUACUGGCGCUAAGGGGACUUCUGGAGGGACUUCAGCGAAGACAAAGACUGGGAAGAGUGCUGUGGGUAGUACACAAAUAAAGAGCGGAAUGUCGGCUGCUGGAGGGGGGACGACUGUUGGUGGCACUCAAAUCCUUUCCUACAACGACAAAUCUUCAUUGGGCUUCGAUACAAGUAAAAACGAGACUUGA